CGAUCAAAUACUUACAUUUCUCUAACUGUUUCAGAAGAACGUCGAGCAGCGAGCGUGAGCGACGCGCUACCGGAGUCCAACGUGCUUCGGAAGGUCGCCUCGCUCACGCUAGACAAGCAUUCGGAGCCGCGCGUGCAGCGCCCCAACUUCGUGCCUGAGAAGCUCAACUUCCAGCUCUAUGAGAAGUUUGAAGGGCUUAUGCUCCUCAACUGGUUCAUAUCGUCCGUCGCGGAGAACAGUUACUUGAAAAAUCUCCUGACCGCACAAGAUUUGAAGAACCUUGGAACUCAAUACUGCACGCACCUGCUGGCCGCGGGGGUGCUACGCCAGAUUCCAGAUAAGGAUGCGCCCACUGAAAAUAUUUUUAAGCCUAAUUUAAUGUACUACUGGGCCCACAUGGAAACCCCCGUCUCUCAGCCAAUCACCCCUGGCCGCCUGCAUGUCUCCUGGCCAGACAAAGAUGUCUACAGCAUCACCCAAGAUCACAUCACAAACCUGCGCAAUGAAAAUCACAGAUUCAGCAACCAAAAUAACAAUGACGAAAUAGAUGAUAUCAGUGAAGCAAAAGCGGUCAUAGCGCAGCUCAGAAAUAGACUAAUAGAUUUAGAAUUACAAAUCGAGAAAUUAAAGUUAAGCGCUCAAAUUGAAACAAUCAACAAAAAUUUGGAGAAAUGUUUGAGUUUUCCCGACAAAUUAAGCAAAUCAGUUGACAAAGAGAUACAAACCUCAAUCGAAACACUUCCUGAACCUGUGAUAUCUUUACCUGCUAAUCAAUGUGUAAGAACAAGAGAUAGAUUAGAUUUAAGUACAGUAGCUUGUAAUACUGAACCUAUUAACAAUAUUCAAAGUGAAGGAUCUGAUAGUAUAGAAAAUUAUUGUAAGCUAAAUAAAAUACGAGAUUAUGAAGCACAUAAAGAACCUGACAAUGAAAGACUGGAUAAAUAUGAAGAAAAAUUCAAAGAGACCCCUGAAAAAGCUUUGACAGACUCUCUACACAGCAUAGGAAGCUCAGAAGCUUCGUUCUUUAGUAUUCAUAACAACGAUUUAAUUUCUAGUACACAUGAAUGUUCCUCCGAUAUAGUUAGGAAAGACAGUGAAUCAAAGGCUGCAAUAAACAUUCCAAUUACGGAAGUAUUAUAUAUAAAUAAUGAUAUUCAAGUUAAUACAAUGGCAUCAACAGAAACUAGCAAGUUAUCAUCAGAAAGCACAUGCAUUUCAUCUGAAAGUGUAACUACGAAACUACAAACUGACAAGAAAUCUAAAGAAACAUCGGAACCAAAUGACCUAAAGGCAGAGCCACCUGACAAAACUCAAAAUGUCUCGCCUGAGUCACAUGCUUCGAAACCAACAUCACCGGUGCCAUCAAAAGUAUCUCCUACAAUGGAUAUUUCCGUCUCUAAAGAACCAAUAGCAAGUAGAAUAAACACUCCUUCAAGCAUUCCUUCACCGGGGAUGGUUCCACCGCCUCCACCGAUGCCUGAUUUGGUUUCUAUGCCUCCACCAAUGCCAGAAACUUGCCCUUUACCCCCACCAAUGCCCGCUAUGGGACCACCCCCACCCCCACCAAUGCCUGGUAUGGGACCUCCGCCUCCUCCAAUGCCGGGUAUGGCGCCCCCACCCCCACCGAUGCCCGGUAUGGCGCCCCCACCCCCACCGAUGCCUGGAAUGGGGCCACCACCACCUCCAAUGCCCGGUAUGGGGCCUCCACCCCCACCAAUGCCCGGUAUGGGGCCACCACCCCCACCGAUGCCCGGUAUGGGGCCUCCACCCCCACCGAUGCCCGGUAUGGGGCCUCCACCCCCACCGAUGCCCGGUAUGGGGCCUCCACCCCGACCGAUGCCCGGUAUGGAGCCUCCACCCCCACCGAUGCCCGGUAUGGGGCCUCCACCCCCACCGAUGCCCGGUAUGGGGCCUCCACCCCCACCAAUGCCAGGUAUGGGGCCUCCACCCCCCCCGAUGCCCGGCAUGGGGCCCCCUCCGCCGCCGAUGCCCGGCAUGGGCCCCCCUCCGCCCCCGCUGCCGGGCGCGCCGCCCCCCCCGCCGGCCCCGGGCGCGGCGCCGCCGAGCGCGGGCCCGGCGCCGUUCCCCGCGCCGCCUGUAGGCGGCUGGACUAUGCAAAGAGCGACCUUAAGAAAGAUCCCCGUGAAGCCGGCGGCGCCGAUGAAGCCGCUGUACUGGACGCGCAUCCUGGCGCCGGCCGCGGCGCCGGCGGCCGGCGAGGCCCCGCAGGCCCUCAAGCCCCUCUGGCUCGAAAUCGAAGAGACCAACCUGGAUAACAUAGAUGAAUUCGCAGAUCUCUUCUCCAGACAAGUCGUCAAAGCGCCAGUCAAGAAGAAAGUUGAAGUGAAAACGAAAAUUCAGCCGGUUAAGAUAUUGGAGAGUAAGCGGUCGCAGAAUGUGGGGAUUUUGGCGCAGAGUCUGCAUGUCGAGUUUUCGGAGAUAGAGAAUGCUAUAUAUAAUUUUGAUACGUCCGUUGUCAGUUUGGAGGCGUUGCAGCAGAUUUACGAAAUGAGAGCGACCGACGAAGAGCUAUCCCAAAUUAAGCAACACCUGCAAACGAAACCAGACGUGCCACUGGACAAGCCCGAGGCGUUCCUGCACGACCUCAGCGGCAUCCCCAACUUCGCGGAGAGGAUCUCCUGCUUCAUGUUCCAGGCGGAGUUUGAAGAUGCGGUCAGCACUACUAUGCAUAAGUUGGACAACUUGAAGCAUACUUGUGAGUUCCUGAUGACGAGCGAGGCGCUAAAGAGGGUGUUCGCGAUAAUUCUGACGCUAGGCAAUUAUAUGAAUGGCGGCAACGGGCAACGUGGACAGGCCGACGGCUUCGGCCUUGAGAUACUCUCCAAACUUAAGGACGUCAAGUCGAAACGCUCAACAGUGACUUUGCUCCACUUCAUCGUGCGCACGUACAUGCGCGCGGCCGGCGUCGGGAGCCCGCUGCCGGUGCCCGAGCCGGGCGACGUGGCGCGCGCCGCGGCCAUAGACUUCGCCGACGUGGCCGGCUCCCUCGCCGGCCUCACGCGGCAGAUGGCCGCAUGCAAAGAUAAAACCAAGAAAGUUCUUGAUAAAACCGACGCACAACGGAGUCCUGAAGAGAACGAAACAAAACGCAUAGAUGUUUUCGAAGAAAAAAUGGGUACUUUCCUCACCGCCGCCGAGGAAAAAUUGAAAGCUGAGCAUGAAAAUCUUGAAGAAUGUCGGAGCAAAUUCUUUGCGACAGUCAGGUUUUAUCAGUAUACCCCCAAAGUUGGGAAGCUAGAGGACUGUGAGCCGAAGGAGUUCUUUUCGCUGUGGACGAGCUUCUGCAGCGAUUUUAAGGAUAUUUAUAAGAAGGAGGAGCAGAUUGCUAUUAAGGAAAAACUAAAAGAGGCCAAGAAGCAUCAAGAACAGCGAAAAUCUCAAUCUAUCGUGCAACCGAAGAGAGAAGGCGGGUUGAAAGCGCGACUACAGAAGCUAUCUAGCACCACUAGGAAGUAAACAAACUGACAGUUAUGGCAUUUAUUAAGUAUUUCGUUAUGUCGCUACGCGUCACUUUCGUUGGCGUAUUUAGGAAAGAGAUGUAAGUAGCGCAAUCCAAUAGGCGGAUCCACACAGAUCGAGCCGCCUCGCGAGGAAAUUGCCUCGCGAAUCAGCGCGAUAUGUGGGACGUGCCGCGCCCGAGGCAACGCGGCCGAGGCACGUCUACAGAGAGCGAGCUGUUCGCGCGGCAAUUUCCUCGCGAGGCAGUUCGUUCCGUGUGGACCAGCCUAAUAACAAAUCAUGAAGUGAUUUGCCGGGAUGAGGUCUACAAAAGUUUGCCAUUCUUGCCUAUAAUUAUUUAUAUACGAGAUUUAAUUAGCUUCGCGUAUGAGGGCUGUGAAAAUAAUCAUUAUACACUUAUUAGUCUCCCAUGAAACCUGUCUAAGGUCAAUAACUUCUCUCAGAAGCAGCAUUUCAGCUGCGUUUACAUGUAAAACGGCGUUGUCACGUUUAUUACGCCUGGUGUAACGAAAGUAGUAUCGGCACGUUCGAGGGCAUUAUCGGUACCUAUAAUAUUCUUAUUAGAAAAUAAAUAUUCGCCGACCCCCCAGAAACUUUUGUUAAAAAUCUACUUUUUCAGACUGGAGGAUUAAAAUUUUUGAUAUCGUCAUCAGGCCAACCAUAGAAAAAAUCUUAUUUUUAAUUUGAACCUUCCCAUAUAGUAAAUUGCCAAUGUAUCGUUUGAGAAAGCAAUAAAAUAAAUGAAAUGCUACUUUAUUUGGUUUGGCCGGCUCGUUAAUAUAAGCUGCAAAUGUUUGGUUUUAUAUUUGAAUAUAUGCUUAAACGCUACCCACCGAUGCUAUACUGGGUCGGUAGAGAAUAAAACAUUCAACUCUAAAUUUAAUACGCCAAGGUAGGUUUUUAUUUAGCUGGCAAAUUUUGACCCCUGGGAGUUAGAGGAGUAAAUGGUCUGUGAAUAAGGCUAUUAUAUACAUAAGAUGUAUGCAUACUAGAGACACAUGCCUAUCUUUUAUGUACAAAUAAUUUAAUACUUUCAGCAAAGAAAUAUAUAACUCCGUAUAAGAUAAAUAAAGUCAAAGAAAAAACUUGCCUCGCAAAAUCAAGAAAAAAAUACGCUCGAAUAGAUGGCGAUAUACCCUUAGCCUAUACUCGAGUAGAUGGCGAUACCGUUUGAUAUUUAAUACAUACGUGAAAGAACAUGGGCCAAAUAGCCAUAUGUCAAUCUAAGAGUUUUAGUCCUGUGUCGAAAAAUGGCAGUCAAUUUAGUAGUUUACAAAAUUUACUGUGACAAUACGCCUCUAUACUAUCAGAUAAGACGCUCUAAUAAAAACCCCACGAGUAUUAAAUUAUUUUCUUUUUUAA